AAAUCCGGCAACGUCGGUUCACGUAAAUGUUAAGUUUUCCUUAAGCAUUAAGCUUAGGCAGUUCUUUUUAGUUGGGCACGUCGGCCAUUGACAGUGCGUGAAAGCCUCAAAACCUCUCUCGCUCAUCGACCACCAUGGGUAAGAUCAUGAAAUCAGGGAAGGUUGUGUUGGUCCUGGGUGGACGGUUUGCCGGACGAAAGGCCAUCAUCGUCAAGAACUACGAUGAAGGAACCGCCGACAAGCCUUACGGUCAUGCCCUCGUUGCUGGUGUAGACAGGUACCCCAGGAAAGUUACCAACAAGAUGAGCAAAAAGAAGGUUGCCAAGAGAUCCAAGAUCAAGUCCUUUGUCAAGAUCGUCAACUACAACCACAUGAUGCCAACACGUUAUUCAGUGGACCUCAGCUUUGACAAGAACCUGGUCAACAAAGACUCCAUCAAAGAUCCCCUGAAGAGGAAGAAGGCGCGAUUUGCCGUCCGAACCAAAUUUGAAGAAAGAUACAAGUCUGGCAAAAACCGUUGGUUCUUCAGCAAACUGCGAUUCUAAAUGCUACUGGCAUGUAUCCUGUGAAAUAAAUAAAUCAUUGGGAUGCAAAAUCAAA